AUGUAUGUACGGCAGGAACUGCAGCCAGUAACCACGACCUGUGUGGAACGUCCACAGCAAAUACCUUUACAGAUUUCUUGCGCGGAGCAGUGCACAAAUACGCUGACAACGGAUCUAAUCCAGUGCCUGCAGAAUGUUCCAGCACAAAGCCUCGUAGAUCUCGGCCGUUCUUUCAAACUUUAUUUCGGACCAUCUUACGGCACCGUUCCUCUGCUGGAACCCCCUUGGAUACUGGCGAGAACGACCGACAUCAACAAAAAGGACGUCCUCAUCGGCAGCACGUCCAGCGAAGCUUGCGUACUCCUAGCCACCAUAUCAGUGGAAGUAGGUCAGGGCACAGAAUCUGUCAGGAACGCCGUCAACAUGAUCUUCGACGCGUACAAGAUCGACAGGGCGGACGAAGGUGGCAAGCUGCUGAGCCGUUACGGUAGGGACGGCACAAACAUGUCGUGGGUUUACGACAUGGUGGCGGACAUGAUAUACGACUGCCCCGUCUUGAGCUUCGCCCAGUAUCUUGCCUCACGUGGCAACCACGUACGGACGUAUGUCUUUGACCACAAGGCGACCUUCUCCACCUUCAACACAUGCAUCGGGGCACUAAGGUUUCAGGAACUCGACUUCGUUUUUGGGACCCCGAUACACAACGCCUCCCUGGACGGGACCGCGGCGGAAGUGAUCCUCAGCCGGAAGAUGAUCGAAAUGUGGACGGGCUUUGCCAAGACAGGGAGUCUCCCUAACAUCCGGCAGGAUCCCUGGCCGUAUUUCACUGUUGCCGAGCAGCAGCAUGUCCGAAUAACCACAGGGCCGCUCGAGAUCAUUUCGGAUUAUAAGAAGCACACCUGCAAAGCCAUGAGCGAUGUCAUGGAAGAGCUGAAUUCGUGGCAAACACACCAAUGAAUCGGAUCCAAUAAAGGCGCAUCAUAAUGUACGGGCGCACUAGAAAUCUCCCCUUCUCCA